GACAAGCUCCCCUGUUGAUGUCGCGAGUCGCCUUGAAAUCAUUGGAAGCUGAGAUGAAUUUUGGGAAAGAUCAAUUGAUUGUUUUCACUGACCGUGUAUCGGUUCCUUUGACUGUGAACAGUGCUGGACAGUAUACAGUGAAUGUCUCCAACUUUGCCAAGAUUUCCGAUUCAGCCGUGACUGAUGACGACGAGAGCGACCUGCCAAUGCUGCCUGAGCCCAGUCCUGCCGCCCUGCUGAGCCAAUGGACCAAUAAGCAACAUCGCCACCUGAUGUCGCAGCUGUGCACUGAGGAUCUUGAUGUGGAAAAUGAACAACAUCUGAAAGCUAGUUUGAGGAAGUUGCAUGCCAACUUAGAACCACUGCCUCCUGCUGAGAACUCUCAAGCGGCCAGGGAACUGCAAGACUCUCAGAAUCAACCGGCACCCGAGGGUAUUUUCAGUGAGGUAGAAUCCCCUCCAAGUGCGCCUGUGGGAGACACCGAGAUGCCUGAAGCCCCUGCUGACGAAAGCGUCAGGGUAGUUCCGCCGACGGGACCUGAGUCGGAAUCUCAUGCUGCUCCAGGUGAUGGCACAAACACAUAUGGACCCUUGCGUAGGAAGGUGCUAGGUAAGUCAGGUCCCCAAGCCUUAUACCGUCCUGCCAAGUUGAAAGAGGAUGAUUUUGCCGAAAUCAUGCGUGAAAUUGUGCCUGACUUGAUUGAGCAGACUUUGGCAUCGGAGUCAUCCCAGUCAGCACAGUUGUCAGAGACUGAGAGGAGCUCCAGUGUGAAGCGUGCCUUAUCGCCUUCAGAAGUGCCUCCAUCAGUGAACCCUAAGAGUCAACGAUUAGAUGAACCAGAUCAUGCACUGUGUGUUCAGCAGCAAUCCAAUGAGGGAGUCACGUUCGCAUGCGAUGAGGUCGAAGUUUUGUCUGUGGCUGUGACGUCACAACAUGCCGAUCUGCCGUCCGAUCGUUUGGAAGAUCAUGAAAAGGCAGAGCUCCGUGACCUUGUAGAUGCCGGAGAAAGUCCCGAAGCGUUUGACCUGCUCCGGGCUUGCAUCCGAGUCAUGCGAUACCAGAUCAGUCCCGAAGAAAGUGUCCUGAAAUGGCGAGCAAAAGAAAGAGAGCGUCGGAAGCAGUUUGCAACCAGAGCUGUGUGCUCAACCACCUCUCAUGUCGAUCAGCCUCUCAGUAGUCAUGGGGACUGA